AGGGAGCACCACGCUUCUGGUCCGCCCCCGAGUUGCCGCACACGAGCCAUUUAACUGUACGAGCCGAGCCAACUGUAGAGCACACGAGCGCGUGAACGUGGCCCUUUCACUAUUCCUGCCCCGCCGCCCCCUUCCCCCCCUCGCGCAAAAAAGAGGAGCGAAAAUCACAGAGACUUCGAGCUCACUCGGAGACGCGAUGGCUGCUGCUGCGGCGGCGGUACCGCUGGAUUGUGUUUACGACCUGGAGCUCGAGACUGUCACAGCCUCCAAAGGGAAGAACUCCGCGCGCGCCCGCCUUUGGAACGCACGGUCUUUCUUCACGCGCGGCGACUCGGAGCCCGUGAGGCUUCUCGCUACAUCUCACGUCUCCUCCCGGCCGCUCGCUUGGUGAAGGCGGCGGUUUUUUGGGGGAAGUGAGAGCAAUCACCAGACUCCAGGAUAAGCUAGCCUUUUUCGAAAUCGACGAAAUAUCACGCUGGAACCUUGAACAGCCCGACGGCGUCAAGUCCAGGCUCCAUCCAGCAGCGCUGCACCUAGAGGCGGGGGUGGGGCUGUCGUGGAGGCGCUGGAGGUGGGGAGGGGAAUCCGAGAGCAUCCCUCCAUCCCGCGGAGUCUAUCCCUCUCUCUCUUCCUCUCGUUUCCGGCUCAUUUUCGCCCCAUCAUAUGCUAGAGAUCUAAGUGUGUUUUGUGUGUGUGUGUGUGAGGGGUGGGGGGGUCUCAUCUUGCCAGUGAGGGGGGGGAGGGCUGGAGGGAGGCUUGUCCGUGGCCGCGGGAACAAGCGCCCUCCGCCUGCCGAGGCUGAGGCUGAAGCGCCGCUGUGCUUGAAGGAUGCUGCGGGAGUAGAGCGGCUCCGAGCGGAAGAUGGGGAAGGACCAGGAACUGCUGCAGGCGGUGAAGACCGAGGACCUUCUCACCGUGCAGAAGCUGCUACAGAGGCCUCGACCGGGGAAAGCAAAGCUCCUCGGUUCCACGAAGAAGGUGAACGUGAACUUUCAGGAUAUUGAUGGGUUUUCUCCCCUGCAUCAUGCAGCUCUUAACGGGAACCUGGAGCUGGUCUCUCUGCUGUUGGAGUCCCAGGCUGCUGUCGACAUCAGAGACCAGAAAGGAAUGCGGCCGCUGCAUUAUGCCGCCUGGCUGGGGAAGGCCGAGCCAAUGAAGAUGCUGCUGAAGUCGGGUUCGUCUGUCAAUGGCCAAUCAGACGAGGGCCAGAUACCUCUGCACCUAUCAGCACAACAUGGCCACUAUGAGGUGUCUGAAAUGCUGCUGCAGCACCAGUCCAACCCGUGCAUCGUGGAUAAUGCAGGGAAAACCCCUCUGGAUCUGGCGUGUGAAUUCGGCAGGGUCGGGGUGGUCCAGUUGUUGCUGUCUAGUAACAUGUGUGCCGCUCUGUUGGAACCCAAAAAGGGAGACACUGCAGACCCCAACGGGACGUCUCCGCUCCACCUGGCUGCCAAAAACGGUCAUAUAGACAUCAUCAGGUUGCUGAUCCAGGCYGGCAUUGACAUCAACAGGCAGACSAAAGCCGGCACUGCCCUUCACGAAGCAGCCCUGUGUGGCAAGACGGAGGUGGUGAGACUCUUGCUGGAGAGUGGGAUCAACGCAGCUGUUAGAAACACCUACAGCCAGACUGCACUUGACAUCGUUUACCAGUUCACAGCAACGCAAGCCAGCAGGGAGAUAAAACAGCUGCUGAGGGAUGCCUCGGCUGCCCUGCAGGUCCGGGCUCUGAAGGAUUACUGCAACAACUACGACCUGACCAGCCUCAACAUCAAAGCUGGAGACGUCAUCACGGUAUUGGAGCAACAUCCUGAUGGACGCUGGAAAGGCUGUAUCCAUGACAACCGGACGGGAAACGAUCGAGUGGGGUACUUCCCAUCCACUCUGGUUGAGGUCAUCAGCAAGCGCACAGGUUUGGCCAGCACAGUCAUUUGUACUCAACAAUUUCAAAAGAUACCGCUGGUUCCCCCGGCGACGGUUGCCCCUGCCAACGCGGUAGUCAACGGCAACGACACCACGUUCCAUCAGAUCCAUAUCCUGCCUCCACCGCCUCCUCCUCCACCACAUUCCCAUCAGCCACUGCUUCCACUUUUCACUUCCUUUGGGUAUAACAGGUCGCCCGUGACAACCCCACAGGGAGACACACCCACUGCCCCAGGUUGUCGAGGCUCAGAGGCAAGUCCUCAAAGUUCUCCCACUCCAUCCAGCGGGCCCCAUGGAGGCUCCAACGAAGAGAUCUGGGUUCUGCGCAAGCCCGUGGCAGGUGGAGAUCGCAGCAGCGUGGGGAGUUCUGGGAGUGUGACCAGUGUAAGGUCUUCAGGCAGCGGUCAGAGCGCCACCAGCGCCGCGCACAUCCUUCACGCGCAGGCCGAGGGCGUGAAGCUUUUAGCCACUGUAUUGUCCCAGUCUACAAAAGCCAAGGAGCAUCUGAUGGAGCAGUCCAAGUCGGUGGACCAACCUGCAGGCUCUGCCAGCUCCUCUAGGACGUCCAGCCAAUCGGGCUGUCCGCUUCACGAAGCGCCGCCUUACGAUGCCACGGCAACCAGGAAGGGGGAGGUUCCAUGCGAAGGGAAGAGCUCAGAGGCCGUUGUCCAAUGGCUGAGCGACUUUCAGCUGCAGGUCUACGCUCCAAACUUCCUGGGCGCGGGCUAUGACCUGCCCACCAUUAGCCGAAUGACUCCGGAGGAUCUGACAGCUAUCGGAAUCACCAAACCUGGUCACAGAAAGAAGAUUACAUCAGAGAUCAACAAGCUGAGCGUCACAGAGUGGCUGCCAGAGCAGAAACCUAGCAACCUGGGGGAAUGGUUGUCGGCCAUAGGUCUGAGCCAGUACCACCAGGUGUUGGUGCAGAACGGCUACGAAAACAUCGACUUCAUCACGGACAUCACCUGGGAAGAUCUGCAGGAAAUAGGCAUCACCAAGCUGGGUCACCAGAAGAAGCUGAUGUUGGCCGUGAAGCGGUUGGCUGAAAUGCAGCGCAGCUCAGAUGGGCGGGGCUCCCUUCGAAAGAAGCCGCCACCAAUCACACAGCAGCAGGAAGUCAUCUCCAUGGACAGCCCGCCUCCAGAUGGUGAGCACGAGGUCAUAAUGUCUCCAAAGAUGAGUACCUUCCAGGACAGUGAGUUGAGCUCAGAGCUGCAGAAUGCCAUCAUUCACCCAGGUCAAGAGGUCAGAGUUCAGCGAACUCGCACCCUAAGCAAGGACCAUGAUGACGUGAUUACUGGAGGCGGUGGGCCGCCGAAGAAGGAGGCACGGACGGUGAGGCAGCAAAGCAGCCAGGGAAGCUCCUCGUCCCACAGAGGCAGCGUUUCAUCGCAAGGAAAACACCGUCAUUCUCACAACCAGCCAGCACCUCCCUACACACCACCGCACACACCCACCAAGACCAGGACUUCAUCCUCCUCUUCCACCUCCUCCAUUCAGAGCAGCGCUUCCCCACAGAGCAAAACCAAACCAUCACCCCCGGCAAUACAAGGGGAGCAACCUCUGCUGCACUCACACCAACCUCAGUCUCCAACCCACCGUGGAGCCCCGUGUCAAAUCCCCCAGCAGCAGCAGCAGCAGCCGCAGCCUCAAGUUCAGCAGCAUCAGCCCCAUCCUCAUCACCACCACCCACAGACGCAGGUAAUGGAGGUCAGAGAAAGCCCACAGCAGCAAGUUCCACACCUCUGCCUACCCCCCGAAGCUGAACUGGAAGAGGAUGAGGGAGCAGAACCUUUGGCCCUCAAGAAGAAACGUGCCCACAGCCUCAACCGAUACACCGUCUCAGACGGGGAGUGUGAUGAGAGAGUAGGAGGUGGAGAAGGAGGAGGAGGUGGAGAAGAAAGGGAAACAGAAGUAGCAGUAGUUCAGACCUCUGUGACUGCGAGAGCGGACGGAGUGAAAUAUGCUACAGUGACCCACCGUGUGAGCCGCAGCCAUUCAGUCCGCAACCAGGAAAAGACUGCCGGCCGCAGUCACACCCAAUCCUUCGCUUUGCGUCAGAAGAAGAAGGGUCCUCCACCGCCCCCGCCCAAACGCUCAAGCUCUGCCAUCUCCAGCUCCAACUCCAACUUGACGGAGGCAAACACACAGCAGCAGACACACACCACCACUGGGGGGAUGCUGGAUGUGCCUUACCACCAACAGCGGAGGGCCAGCGACCUGGGGGUCUCCGUGGAGACGGCUGCAGUGGCAGUGGAGACCAACAGCAUGGGCAGUGUGAGGAGCAUCGCUGCCAUGUUAGAGAUGUCUUCCAUAGGGGGCGGGGCCAAAGGCAUGGCACUGCAAAAGAAUUACCUGCAGGUGGGAAAAACCCGGGAGGCCAUUGGUCUGGACGGUGAAGUGGUGAACCGGCGACGAACCAUAAGUGGACCUGUAAGCGAGCUGGUGGAGGCGGCCAAGCGGGAACAACCGACUCCACUGGAUUUCGCCCCGUCCUCCACCCAACCUCAACCUCAAUCCCCCCCUCCCCUUGUGAACUCCUCCUCACCUCACCCUCCAUCUUCCCCGGUCCCCUGCUCAGGAGGCAGUGGUAGCUCCUCAGAGAACCUUCCGUUCGCAGAGGAGGGAAGCCUCACCAUCCGCCGCCAAGCUCGAGGAGAAGGAGAAGGACAGUGUGUAUUUUGUGUUUGUCUGCAGGGUGAAGGCGACGCCUCCCGGGAAGACGGGGGCUUCACCCUGGAGGACACCCCCGAAGCCACGGGAACCUUAAAGCGACGGCCUCGCAUUUCCAAGUCCCACCCCAAUGGUUCGGAUUUCACCCUCCAGGAGUCGUCCACCGUAAAACGGCGACCCAAGAGCCGCGACAAGGAACCCGAAGGCUUCGCAGAAAUGGCCGCUGCCAAUGGGGAGGUGGUUGGCGCCGGGCAGCCCAACACCACGCAGCCGAUGCCGUACCAGAACGGCACGGCCACCGUAAAACGCCGCCCGCCGUCUGAAGCUGGAGUGACCGAACAGCCGCAACCUCAGCAACAAGUGACCCCAACCCCCCGCAGGGACAGCACGGACCAGGGAGCUCCUGCAGUAAACGAAGCAGGCCCUAUGAGGAAACCAAAGCCUCCAGUCUCCCCAAAACCCAUUGUUGCACAGAUAAAGAGACAAGGAGGCCCACAGACCCCACCACAGGCCGCCCUCAAUAAGAGAGUCCCCCUGCCAGGGCCUGGAACCCCUGGAAGUCCAGUGGAAGGAAAGAAGAUCCCUCCACCGGUCUCACCGAAACCAGCACCCCCACCUACGGCACCAAAACCGGCCAAGCUGAUCCACUCUAUGACAAGUCCCGCCUCCCCAACCUCCGUUUCCACCCAGGUCAAGCAGCACUCUGUGGUGGCACGGCAGACCAGUUCACCUACUUCCUUCUUGCCGUGCAACACCUCCAACCCUCCUGUCGCCAAGCCGACAAGCCCUUCUUCUCAAAGCCCCCACACCCCGCAGACCCCCACCACCCCUCAGACACCUCAGACCCCUGCUACUCCCAGCCCUACCCCGCCGCCUGUAAAGCCCCCCCGCUCCUCCAUUGGGGGCGUGUCAGUGGACAGUGGGAUUACAGGAGGAGCUGUCACACCACAGGCCUCCACAACAACAGACUUUGGUGUAGACUCUUUGGUGCAUCAGAAGCUGGAAGAGACGAGCGCAUCCCUGGCUGCUGCUCUGCAGGCCGUGGAGGAUAAGAUUCUACGGCAGGACGACUCUGUGGCUGAGCAGAAGACAACGGUGAGCAUCCUUGAUGACAUCGGCAGCAUGUUCGACGACUUGGCCGACCAGCUGGACGCCAUGUUGGAGUAAAACGGCAGAAACCCAGUCGGCGAAUCUCCACGGCAACACUGCAUCAGAACUGAAUCAGACGGCACAAAGAGGCAACCCUCCUCUCUAUCUCUCUCUCUCCUUCUCUCCAUCCGCCUCUCUCCUCUUCGCUCCGAAACUGCUGUCCGUCCAUCUGCCCAGAAGAAGCUCGACUCUUCUCUUCUCUUUCUCCUUUGCACGAUGCAAAAAACAAAACAAAAUAAAAACAAUAAAGGUGAUGGAACAGCAGCAGAAGCCUGGACAGAGAUCACGGCACUGAAAAAAAGGAUAAAAAGAGAGACUAAAAAGCUAAACUAUCGGGAGAGAAAAAAAGAAAAAAAAACCCAAGAAGGAUUAAUAAAGAAAUGUAUCACAGUCAAGAAGACUGCAAUCACAACGUGAGUCUUUAAAGAACUCCACAUGAACAAACACUAAUACAGAUUUAAAAACCAACUGUGUAAUGAAUCAUAGUACGGUAUGUGUACAUUCUAAAGCAUGGAGAGUUUAUAUCUACUGAAAAAGUCCUGCAUUAGCACAGUAAUAUAUGAUAUAUGCCGAUAAAUAUCAAUCUCUAGCUCUUUGAUUUGAUGUCCUGGUUCUGUGUGGAAUGGUGACCUCUGGUGUUGUGAUGAUGUAAAUGACUUGGUGGAAAAAUUAUUCUAUGUGACCAAAUUUGAGACUCUUGACCUCCCGAUGGGUGUGCGUGUGUGCGCCGUUCGUGUGGGUGGAUGUGUGUCACGGGAAUUUUCAGGAUCCCCGUUCGGUUCCCUGCGGUCGGAUCUGAGUCGCAUCGCCCCACAUAUGCACACACACAUGUAGACAAGCCCACUCGCACACAGCAGAAGCACAACGACCCACGCAGCACAUGUAUGCAUGCACACACACAUGCAUACGCGCAAA